UGUUCCUACACUAGCUACACUCAAAAGGGACUCGACGAACAGCGUGAAGCGUGUGAUGAACAUGAUUUGAUGCGUUUUAUAUCCUAAAUUGUUUCAAGUGACUAACUUUUCUGUUUUCGAAGUAUUAUAUUUGAUUUUAAUUUUAAAAAUAUCUGAUUUUUUCCUGGUUAAAUUAAAUUCGAGAAUUGAUACUUAAAGAAGGAGAAAAAGAAAAACGUAUCGCCACGUGUAGGUUAGAUUUGCACUGUACAUAUACAGUAUAUCUUAUUGAGAACAAAUAUUUGUUAAAAUAUUAUAAAAUGUAUCUCAUGUAUUACUUGGAUGACAAAGGAAAUCGGGUGUACACUUUACAGAAAGUAGAUCCUAAUGGAAAGCCUACCUUGUCUGCACAUCCAGCACGGUUUUCUGUAGAAGACAAAUAUUCAAGAGAAAGAAUUACUAUGAAGAGAAGAUUUGGUCUUCUUUUGACGCAGCAACCACAACCUAAAUAUUAAUGUUCAAUAUAAAAUUUGUUGAAAAAUGAGGUGGUUCAACUUUUACACCCACAACUUCCUUUAGUGAUAACCAGGAAAAAUCUGUACAUAAAAUUAUUACAGUUUACACCAUGGAACUGCAUCUAACAUCAUUAUUGCAAUCUGAUAACAAGAAAUUAUUUCUAUCAAAAACUUAUUAAUAAAACUUAUUAAUAUACUUAAAUAUCAUUUAAUUAUUUCAUAUAUUGUCUUGUUCUGUUAAUAGUAAAUAACACAUUUCUUACGUAUUAAUUUUCGUUUUCACGUAUCAAUGCCGACACAUAUUUAUCUGUACAAAUUUCAUUUACAAUUUAUUAUCUCUGUACGUUAUAAAAAAUAAAAAUUGUAUACAAUAU